CCCACGGUUGUGAGGGCCAAUAUUAAUGUAGUUUUGGAACCAGAAGCAAAAUCAGCGCUUAUCCUAUCAGGAGCUGCCAGUGUCCCUGACAUCACUGCUGGUGACGUCACGACCACCACGGCAUCAGGUUCGAACACAGACGUGAUAUGGGAGGCCGACCCAGAUGGAACUGGGGGGUAUCUUACAGAACACGGGAGGGGUUGUACCAACGGAAGCGACAUCAUCAACAGUUGCACCAACCACAACAGAAGCAGCAACUACACCUGCCGCCGGAGCGACCGACCCUCCAACAACAGCGGCUGCGACCGACACUACUGAAGCUGUAACGGCCUCAACAGCACAGCCAACGACAUCAGAUGCAGCAGGGUCAACAGCCGAACCAACAGCCGAGCCAACAACAACAGAUGCGGCAGGGUCAACAGCCGAACCAACAGCCGAGCCUACAACAGCACCUGCUGAAUCAACAACAGCGGCUGUUACAACAGCCGAGCCUACACCGACAGCAGAACCCACUACUCCAGCAGCCGGCACUACCGAAGCUUCUACUGCUGAACCAACGACUUCCGCAACAGCGGAACCAACAACCACAGGAACAGCAACUUCGACGGCAGCAUCCUCAAGUACAGCAGCGACAGCAGAGGCAACAACAACAGCCGGGUCAAGCACAGCUGCAACGACUGAAGCUUCAACAACAGCAGCAACAACCGAUGCUGUUACAACAGCAGUAACAACCGAGGCUGUAACAACAGCAGCAGCAACAACCGAGGCUGUUACAACAGCAGCAGCAACCACGGAGGCUGUAACAACAGCAGCAGCAACUACGGAGGCUGUAACAACAGCAGCAGCAACUACGGAGGCUGUAACAACACAAGCAGCAACCACAGACGCUGCUACAACAGCAGAAACAACACCUGCUGCCGAAACAACAGAAACGGCAACGACGGAGGCUGUUACGGCCACAACAUCAUCAUCAGUUACUGAAGCAGUGACAGCAGCAGCGACUACAACAGCGGACGCAGGCACUACAACGACCCCAGCUGUGACUGUUUCAACUGCAACGACUACAGUCGCUACUGCUUCGACCACAACAGCUGCAACAACCACAGCACCACCUGCUACGACCACAGCAGCCCGUGUUACCACAGCUGCAGCGACAGCGUCAGGGAACACCUACACUCCAGGAAGUCUAGCUGCUAAGAACGAAGUGCGCAGACUCAUGCGUCUCGCCGGUUACAUGUCGGACUUCAUCGAGAAGAUCAUCAACAUGAUGCCGCUGAUCACACCGGAGGAGUUCAAGGUCGCCCAGGCUGGAGUUGAGAAGAUCCGGGGUACCCCCCAGCCCCCGACCACCCCUGCACCCACACCUGCACCAACCCCUGCCCCCACCCCCGUGCCAACAUUAUCUCCAGUGAUCAAUACCAACGUCCUUCCACAGAAACCUUCCUACCCAACCAAUCAGUUCAAUCCUUACAACCCCUACAACCAAUACCAACCCAACUACAACCGACAGGUCAUCAACAAAUAUGGACAGCCCACCAUUCCACAGAACACGAACACUCCAACAAAGACCUGGCCGUCGUAUCCCAGCUCUGGCCAGAACACAUGGUCUCAGCAGAACAGCCAGCAGAACAGUCAGCAGAACACCCAGCAGAACACCCAACAGACCGGUCAGCAGACCGGACAGACCCGUUGGCCUACACAGCAGACCGGACAGACCAGCUGGUCAACACAACAGACCGCAGCUCCACGUCCGCAGGUUCCCCAGCCAAGUCAGAACGCCUGGAACAUGCAGAACAAGGUCCCUGCUUCCAGCCAGUACAACCAACAAAACACUGCCCAGAAACCUGGUUUCAACACACCGUACGGCACUCAGGGCAUCAGGGCACCCACUUCCGGUCUGCCAGCAGGAGUUGACCCCUCCAAGAUCCGUUAUUUCGGCCAGCAGACCGGCACCGUGACGACGACGCGAGCCCCGACAUACAGACCUUUCCCCGGAUACCAGAACGUGCAGCCCUUCCAGCGUCAAUCUUUCGGCCAAGGCUUCCCCUCUAGCUACUCCUCCAUGUUUGGCAGAAGUCAGAACAUGAACAGACCAAUGCCCACUCAAAUGGCUCAAAUGGCACGGAGGCAGCAGCAGCAACAGCAGCAACAGCAGCAACGACAACCGCAACAACAGAACAAUCCAAACGUUGCUGCAAUAGUUUUGAACGCUUUACAAGUAGGAGAGGUGAACCCUUCGAUGCUACUUUUAAGUUUACCAAAACAAGCUCGGACUAAUCCAGUUGUCCAGUCAAUAAUUGCAAACCCGGAUAUGUUUACGGAACUGGCGGAGACUCCGGCAGGUAUAGCAACUAUCAUGAAAAUGAUAGGUUAACAACGCAGCCUGGUAGCGAGGCAUAACUUACACAAAGCGCAGGUACCGUUGGACAAGAGAUGGAAUCAGGGGAAACAACUCUUGAUGAAUCCAACGUUUGAAAUGACCUUGGUGGUAGCAGCAUCCUUGUGACGACCCCCGCUGGGACUAUAUCUCGGGGCUCUGGUGGUGCACUUCAUAUCUCAUUAACGAAUAGAGGUCCUGGUAGUCCUUUACAUGGGCGAAACAAAACUGAUGUUAACGUUACAAGGGCAUACUUCUUUGAACGAAAUUGAUUUUAAUGUAAUACAAUGAUAUGGGUCUUAAACAAUUUUCACUUUUCAUAUCUUUUUUCGAAAAUCGACACCCCAAUAUAUUUAGUUUCGCAAACUUCCCGAAUUUCUCUAAUUGUUCUAUUUUAUGUGAGGAGAUAUCUUAAAUGUGACAAUCAUGGUUGCAUUUCUGCAAUGGAAUACUGAAAUAUGAAGAACUCUAGUUAUUAUUUAUUCGAGGAUUAUUUCUCUAAAACAAAACAGGCAUCGUGUUGUAGAUAUUUAUUAGCAAGUAAUAUUGGCAAAUUCGUGACGUAAUCAAAUACUAUUGAUUACUCGUUAUUCUAAUUCUUUUGCUGUGCGAAAAAUAAACAAUUGCAAAAAUAAACGAUAUUUCAUGAAA